CCGAGACUCAACAGAUGUUUGUCCUUCACGUGAGGUUGUUCAAGCCAAUGGGCGGCGACCCCUAGCAUCAUCCAAGAGUCGCUGUUCAUAACUUUCAAGUUCAGCCCCUAUUUCGUACCCAAUUUUUGUCGCCUUGGAAUUUCCUACAGCCCAACAACCCACGGACAACAGACGGACGCUUUCUCUCUCUCGAAUUGAGCAUCCAGGCCCAAAAGUCGCGCUCUCUAAGCCUCUGAUCCUUCCGCCUCUAACAGUGAGUUAGUAGAGUUUUCCACGCAAUCUUGAGCAGUGAUAUAUCAGUUCCUACAUUCGUCAGCCAAGAUGGUGGUCAAGCAAUACAAGUGAGCUUGGAAGUGAAAACUGAAUAACAUGGUGCAGCUGUUGUCGCUUUUGGCUAACUUGGCAAAUCCAGAGAGUGCACAGUGAAGAUCGGUGGUGACCAUGAUUAAUUCCAGCCGAGCUCGCCAUUGCCAGUUCUUCCGUUCAAGCAUAUCCAGACCUCCAAAUUGUUCCAAGACCUCUCUCUGCUAGUUUUUGUUAUCGUCAGGGUUCUCGAUCCGCCCAAGAGAUGGCUGAUGAUGGGCAUCCUCCACCCGAGCUCACGGAGGAACAGAUUGCCGAACUGAAACAGGCCUUCAACGAAUUCGACAAGGACGGCUCUGGAAAUAUCACGACCAAGGAGUUGGGCUACGCCAUGCGAGCAAUGGGCAUGAACCCUACUGAACAGGAACUACUGGACCUCAUCAAUGAAUUUGACACGGAUGGAUCGGGACAGAUCGAGUUUCCCGAGUUUUGCAACAUGAUGUCGCACAAAAUUGGUCGUUACGACAAUGACGAGGAUCUCAUACGCUCAGCAUUCCGGGUCAUGGACAAGAAAGGCACGGGAACCAUAACCAGUGCCGAAUUCCGCUUCCUAAUGACAAACAUUGGUGAUAAAAUCUCGCAUGAAGAGUUCGAUAUGCUGAUUGGUGAAGCGGACCGGGAUGGGGACGGUUACCUUGACUAUGAGGAAUUUGUCCAGCUCAUGACCUCAAAGUGAGCGCAAAAACCCAUUCCAAGAGAAGCGGGGCAAUCAUCUGAGACCGCAAACCUCAUCAAGAGCAGCUGCCUUUUUUUUUGCAAGUGUGACCCUCAAGACAAGAGGUGGCGUCAUCCUGUCCGGCAGGAACAUCAAACUUAUUCCCACUGGUGGGAGGAAUGUCAAUUUAAAGGACAGCACCUUGCGGAGACGCCCAAGACGAGGAUGUCGACACUCCACAAUCCUUCUUUAUGUCAGCUCAUGUCCUCCGAGACCCUGAAGCCACAUUUUUGUUUCUGCCUCUCUGGACUAUUAAGACAGGACGGCCCGGCCCAGCCAGCCCAAGCGGCCCAUUUUGCUCAGUGUUCACAGGGGAGGACAAGUGGAUCCUCCUCCUACGCCCGUUGGCCCAGUGCCUGAAGAGGCCGUGUUGCUUCGCGGCCUCGAGUUUGUGACUGUGUUUUUUUCAAGAAGGAAAUGGUCAAUAUGUUUGUUGAAACGAUGAACUAUUCAGAAAUGAGAGCUUGCCAAGUAGUGUUGGCUUUCCUUUUCUCAAUCCCGGAGCGAACAAGUGAUCGUGGGAUCGUUUUAACGAUGAAAACUGAGGCCAAAGACAUCAUGCUUUUAAAAUGGAGACAUAAGAUUAGGCCGGGGGGAACGAUGAUCAAACACACGUAUAUGCCUGCAAUUACUAAAUAUUCCCACCCACCCCCCAAAUGUCUGUGAUGAAAAUAGAACCUUGAACACAUUGCUCGAAUCGUGGGUUUGUCUUCAUUAUUUCUGCUACCAAACAUUUUACUUAAAAAGAACCGGACACGAAGACACUCUGAUCUAUGAAAUACAUUGUGCUUCCCUUUUCAA